AUGGACGAUUUUUUCGAUAUUGUCGAAGACGAGGAGGUGCAAGAGGAGGAUCCAAUGUCGAAAGUGAGUUUUUUCUAUAAAAUAGUUGGAAAAUUCAGAUUUUCCAUGAAAAUCAAUGAAAACAUGGUAUUUUCCGAUUUCGUGAGCAGAAUUCACCGAUUUUCCCCAAGACCCCCGAAUUUUUGCAGUUGGACAACGAGAAGAAGCGUCAGGCGCGCUCGGACAUGGACAAUCUGCUGCAGGAGAUGCACAACGACCAGGGCGGCGGCGGAUUCGAGGAGCCGACAGUGAAACGGAGCCGAUUGGAUGGCGAAAAAGAGGCGAACGAGCAGGAGAUAGCCGAGCGGAUGGAGAACAUUGUCGUGCACACGAUUCGGACCGACAGUCAGAACUGCACGCACGAGGUGGCGGUCCCGCCCGCUCAGGAAUUCACGCAGUUGAGACAGAGCGAACGCGAACCCGCAAAGCUGUAUCCGUUUCAGCUCGACGCUUUCCAGGUAACGGAUUUGCGAAAAAACCUGACAUUUCUAGUGACGAUGGCAUUUUUGUACUUAAAAAUGUAAAUUUCUAGCCAAAUUUCCUUUCCUAAAAUUGAAGAAUAACGUUAAAGGUAAACAUGCCGUAAAUCUAGUAUUUCCUGGUUCAAACUCUACGCUCUUUGUUUCCAGAAACAAGCCAUUCUGUGCAUCGACAACAACCAAUCGGUGCUGGUUUCGGCGCACACUUCUGCUGGAAAGACUGUCGUUGCCACGUACGUUUCAUUUUUCAAGCAAAUCGAAAUUUUUGGUUGUUUAUUACACUAAAAGAUGAUUUUCAGAUACGCGAUCGCACAAUGCCUUCGCGACAAACAACGCGUCAUUUACACGUCGCCGAUCAAGGCGCUCUCGAAUCAAAAGUACCGGGAGCUGGAGGAGGAGUUCAAGGACGUCGGCCUGAUGACCGGUGACGUCACCCUGAAUCCGGACGCCUCCUGUCUCGUCAUGACCACCGAGAUCCUGAGGUCCAUGCUGUACAGGGGCUCCGAAAUUAUCAAGGAGGUCGGAUGGGUCGUUUAUGACGAGAUUCACUACAUGAGGGAUAAAGGUAAGCAAGUAAUUUAAAGGACGAGGGUCGAUCCAUUUUGGAUGAUCUCGGGCAUAGGAGGACCGUAGGAGGAUUAUUCGGGACCAGAUUUGCUCCUCUUCGCUUCCCUGGGAUCACUUUUGCCUACUCAUCGCGUACGUCGUCCGAUCAUCUUUGGCCGCGAUUCGGUUGCGACUUGAGACCCGCUUAUUUGAGAAUGAGAAUACCGGAAUUAGAUCAGAAACGCUAUAACAGGAGUUUGCAAAUGAACAUAAAAAUUAAGGAAGCCGCCAAAAGAUCGGCGUGAAACACAAAUUGUUUGCAACAACAAUUUUCGAUUUACAGAACGCGGAGUGGUUUGGGAAGAGACGAUUAUUCUGCUGAACAAGAAGGUGAAACAGGCGUUCCUUUCGGCCACAAUUCCGAAUGCCCGACAAUUUGCCCGUGAGUCUUUAAACGAAUUUCCGCAGUUUUUGUUUCAAAUUGGCAAAAAAAGAGCACUUGCAGAAUGGGUGGCGCACAUCAAGCAGCAUCCGGUGAACGUGGUCUACACGGACUACCGCCCGACGCCCCUUCAACACUUUAUGUACCCGGUGGGCGGCGAGGGAAUGUACGAGGUGGUGAAUGUGAAGGGCGAGUUCCGCGAGGACAAGUUCCGCGAUGCGAUGAGCGGACUCGCCACGGCCGGAGACGCCGCCGGAGGCUUUCAGAAGAGAAAGACCGGUGGUGGCACCCAGGGUGAGCCUUUUAUGGGACAAAAUUCGGAGGAAAAUGAGCGUUCUUGGCAGGGCUGGGCAAAAGGCCGGCCCAGGCUUGGACAAAUUUCCUGGACUUUUGACCCACUUGAAAUGAUCCGAUCGGGCCCAAACUUCGCAGGCUUUUUGAGCUUGGAUUGAAGUAUUUUGGGUCCAAGUUUCAGACCGAUCGGACCAUCUGAUCCCGAGAUAUGUGAAUCAGAGGCCAAAAAGACUCCCCUGAUCCACAUAUCUCGGAACCGGAUAAUCCGAUCAAUCUGAAUCUUGGACCCAAUAUACUUCAAUCCAAGUCCAAGUAGUCUGCAAAGUUUGGGCCCGAUCGGAUCAUUGCAAGUGGGGCAAAAGUCCAGGAAAUUUAACGAGCCUGGUGUAGAUAAAAACUGAAUUUUUUGUAGUUUAAAACAUUUUGUGAUUAAAAAAAACCAUGUGGAACUGUUUUUGACCUACAAAGCAAUUUUUGAUGUGGAAGGGAGGUCUCAAGAGCGCGGCAAUGUCGACGUUUAUCGACUUUUUCGACAGACUUCCAAUUCGACACGUCACUCUACUUGUGUAAUAGCUAAUCUCGAAAAAAGCAAUAUUUGCAGGCGACGCGAACGUGCUAAAAAUCAUCCGAUCGGUGGCGUCGAACGACGGACUCAACUGCAUCGUUUUCUCGUUUUCGCGCAAAGAAUGCGAAUCGUAUGCCGUCAGUUUGAAAGAUUUGGAUUUCAAUACCGGUAGGCUUGGAUUUUUGGCUGAAAAAUCUGAAGCUUCUCUAAUUUUUGCAAUGAAAUUACAACAUUUUUUGCAGACAAGGAAAAAGGAAUGGUGAAGACGGUCUACGAGAGUGCCAUUUCGCAACUGUCGACAGAAGAUCAGCAAUUGCCGCAGAUUGUCAAUGUGAGCAAUUUUUUUCAGAUAUUGGGCACUCCAUUUGUAUAUUUAUCAAGCAUUUACUUGCAAAUUUCGCAAAUUUUCCUCAAUUUGAAGACAAAAAAUCUGAGAAAUUCUUCUUCAGAUUCUGCCCCUUCUGCGCCGCGGAAUCGGCGUCCACCACUCGGGACUGAUGCCGAUUCUGAAGGAGACGAUCGAGAUUCUGUUCGGAGAGGGCCUCGUCAAAGUGCUAUUCGCGACGGAGACCUUUUCGAUGGGACUCAACAUGCCCGCGCGCACCGUCGUUUUUACGUCGGCCCGCAAAUUCGACGGAACCGACAACCGCUACAUCACGUCGGGAGAGUACAUUCAAAUGGCCGGACGGGCGGGAAGACGCGGAAAAGACGAUCGCGGCAUCGUCAUUCUCAUGGUCGACUCGGCGUUGUCGCCGGAAGACGCCAAACAGAUUAUCAACGUACAGUACUUGCAAACGGGCCGAUUUCAGGCGCGGGCUGAUAACUCGCUCCAAAAUUAAAGUCGUUCUACUCACAACUUUGAUUUUGAAGCGAGUUAUUAGCCGGCCUGAAAUCGGCCCAUUUGCAAGUAUGGCUGUUAUGAAAACAGAGAAAUCCUGAUUGGAAAUAUCGAAAUUUGAUGGGAAAAAUCGCAGAAAACGCCGACUUUGGAAGAAUGUGCGAAAAAUAAUUUUGCAGGGCGCGACGGAUCCGCUGAACUCGCAGUUCCGGCUCACCUACAACAUGGUUCUGAAUUUGAUGCGCGUCGAGGGAAUGGCCGUCUCGUGGAUCAUUCAGAACAGUUUCCAUCAAUUCCAGAGCUACGAUAAACUGCCCGAAAUUGAGAAAAGUACGUUUUAGAAGCUACCUGGGCAUAUUUAGACACAAAAAAUUGGAACAUAAAAUUGGUUUUCUCAUUCCAGAAUGCGAACAAGCGCUCAAAAAAGUGUCCUCGUUCAAUUUUACGUGGGAAAACGAGAUGCGAACGUACGUGGAGCUGAAAGAGCAACUCGAGGCGACCCAAAAAAAGAUUCUGACGAUUAUGCGCGAGCCGAAAAAUCUCGUCGGAUUUCUGCACGCCGGACGCCUUUUUAAAGUCAAAUCGGGCGAUCGUGACUUCCAUUGGGCAAUUCUGAAUCAGUUCAAGCGCGAAAUCAAUCCGGACGACAAGAACGAGCAUAUGUACGUGUGCGACAUGAUUGUGGCGGUCGAUCCGAACACCAAAAUGGACUAUAGCAAUCCGGCGACGCUCGAGCCAGGAUUCCAUCUAAAAAAGGUUGUUAAAGAAAAUGCGUAAAGCGUCAGAAAGAUUAAAGGACCAUUGAACGCUGCGAGUUCACUGUCCGAAUCCGAACUCUCAGAAAUGCCUAUGAACGGAACAGCGUGGCCUAGAAAACUCCUAGGCCAUGGCAUCUUUUCCAAAUUGCUUACAAUCCUCGGACGUUGUCAAAGUGCAAAGGAAGAGCUUUCACGUCUGAGAGUUUUCUAGGCCACAGCCACAACUUCUAGGCAUUUCUGACGAGAGUUGGGACUCGGACACUGAAUGUGGCAAUAAGAGGAGAUUCAGAGGGUCUCCUGGUCCUUUAACGGAAAAAUUUUUGCAGCGUCGAUGGCUGCGUGUUCCGAUGUCUACGGACCGAAUCACGGCGAUCGCGGCGGUCCGUCUGAAGAUUCCGUCGGAAAUCGACAAGCCGGACCAACAUUUGCGCCUCGACAACACUGUCACCUCGGCGUUCGCCCGAAUCAACAACAACGUGCCUCUCUUGGAUCCGAUCACCGAUAUGGGCGUGAGUUUCAUUUAUUCUGUUAUUGAUUUAAAAGUUUUCACAUUUUCCCCAUGACAUCAUCGCCCGAAUGUUGCAGAUCAAAACGGCGGAAAUGCGUGAAUUGGUGGAACGCGAGGCGAAUCUGAAGAGCCGCAUUUCGGAGCAUUCGAUGAACCGACGCGAGAAUUUCGACGAGCUGAAACAGCAAUUCGAGCUCAAAUUGGAGGCGAUCAAAGUAUUUGAGGCGCUGAAAGCGGAGAAGCAGAAAAUGAGAUCCACAUUGCAUUUGGAGGAGCUCGACAGCCGAAAACGCGUGCUCCGACGGCUCGGAUACUUGAGGAGCGACGAUUCGCUCGAGCUCAAGGUGCGAGCGAUUGUUUUAGGGAAAAUAUCGACGUUUUUCCAGUUUUUACACAAUUCUUCAACAAAAACCGCCCCCAUUUUUGCAGGGCCGCGUCGCGUGCGAACUGUCCGCGUCGGACGAGCUGAUUCUGACGGAGAUGCUACUGAAAGGAUUGUUCAACUCGCUGGACGUGGCACAAACCGGCGCUCUCCUCUCCUGUUUCGUAUUCCAGGACAACUGCUCGGCGCCGAAACUCGCCGCCGAGCUCCAGAAGUGUCUCAGCGAUCUUCAUGUACGUUUCUUUAGUUUUUUUUCCAGGAAUAAAGACUAUUAAGUCUAGAAACUUUAAAGAUAAAUGUCAUUUUUUGUGCAGGAACAAGCGCGCCACGUGGCAAAAGUGUCGAACGAGUGCCGAAUCGAGGUGAUCGAGGACAAGUACGUGAGCAGCUUCAAUCCGGGACUCAUGGACGUCGUGUUCCAGUGGAUCAACGGUGCCUCGUUCAGCGAAAUCGUCAAAACGACCGACGUCUUCGAAGGUUUGUCUGAAAUAUAUCCACAUUUUCUCUCUAUUUUUCCAUUCUUAAUCCAUUAUUUUCCAGGCUCGAUCAUCCGCUGCUUACGUCGUCUGGAAGAGGUGCUCCGCGAGAUGAUCAACGCGGCGAAAGCGUGCUCGAACAAGGAAUUGGAGCUGAAAUUCGAGGAGGCUCGCAAAAAUCUUAAAAGGGACAUUGUCUUCGCCGCCUCGCUUUACCUCUAA